AUGUUCGGAUCAAAGAAGUAUAAAGGGAAAGAUAGCGGAAGUUUGCGAAGUUUCCGGCCAGAAAAUGGUCACCAUCACCAUCAUCAUCAUCAUGUCUUCUCUAGUUUAUCAAUUCGAUCAUUGCCAGAAACGGAUUGUACAAGCUUACCGGAAACAAGUAGAGCAGUAAUGGAACCUAAUUAUUAUGAAGUUAAUCGGAUGAAUGAUGAUCAAGUUAAUGCCGCAUUUGCUGAAUUGCUUAAACAAAUGAAUAUAAAAGAUGAGAAAUUUCGUGCCUUAUUAGCUGAUAAUGAUAUGGAAAAGAAGCGACAGAUGGUUUGUCAAUCUCAGCGACUUAAUAUGGCUACUCAAGAGAAUUCCAAGCGACCGAUUGAUCUGAUUCGACGUGUUGAAAGAAUGUUGGUAUCGGGAGAAGAAGCUAGGCUGAUGAAGGAUGUAUUGAAAGACUUGAAAGUCCAGCUUAGUGUUCAGAAAGUGGAUUGGAUUAAAGAGUUCGGCAAUCAAGGUGGUCUUCAGUUAUUAUUCCACAUAAUGUAUAAUCUUAUCGAAUCCCUACGGUUAUCAGAAAAUUCUGAACGGGAAGAAGAAUAUGCUUUGCAAUUGCAUGACAGUGUCAAAUGUUUGAAAUCCGUUGUCAAUACAUGGCCUGGAAUGGAAAUGUGCUUUAGACGUCAAUCGAAAAUGUUUUCAUGUUUGGUUGGAAUACUUUCCGUGGCUUCUGGAAAGCCAUCCUUGGAUCAUUGGGAUUCACUGAAAUUUGUAACAGUGAGUCUCUUGGGCGUCGUGGCUUUUGUUAAUGAUGACAAAUUUGAACUCAAAGGACGUGAGACGCUCUUACAAGCCUUAACCGAAGAAGCUCGAUUACGAAAAUGUGACAGGUUUAGCUGUAUUGUUAGCUGUCUGAAUAAGUCGAAUCGCCUCGAUGUAGUGAAGAAAGCUAUGACAUUGGUAAAUGUAAUGCUGGAUGUGCCGGAACCAGAUGAUACAACUACUGAGGAAGGUCGUGCGUCCGCAGAAGGUGCCUGGCAAAUUCGGAUGCAUUGGAGAAGUGAAUUCAUGCGUGCUGGAAUGUACGAUUGCGUUCAAUUUUUGGAAAGUUGCACUCUAGAAGCAAUCAAGAAGCAGUAUGAUAAUUUCUGUCGGAUCAAAGAAGCUGACUUUGCUGAACUUGUAAAUCGAUUUGAACAAAUAAAAGGUGAAUAUGAAGAGCCGGACUGCUGCUAUAGCAUUUUGCUAGCUGGUGUAAAGAACACUAGAGCUGAAGGACCAUUUUUGAGCAUUCUACAACAUCUUCUUCUAGUAACCGACGACAUUGGCGUGAGGACAGAGUAUUUUCGACUGAUUGAGAAUUGCAUCUCAGAAAUCGUUCUGCCGAAAACAUGUGUGGAUCCCGAUUUCCGUGGGAAAUUCGAAUUUACUCAAGAUAUCACCCAUUUUCUUGACACGUUGGAAGAUGGCGAAGAAGGAAGGCAGGCUAAUAAACGUGUGGAAAUAGCUACGCAAGCAAAAAAUGAAGCCUUAGCCAAAUUGAGCCAAUAUUAUAGAAGGAUGGAAGAGUUUGCUAAUGAGGCAGAGCAGCUCAGAAAGCAUAUAAAUGAUCCAAAUGCACCACUUCCUCCACCAACAAGCCGUUUACCGCCACCAGAUACCUGUGCCGAAGUAUUAGAUAAGUUAAAUGUCGUAACAGGAGGUCCACCUCCAGCACCUGGCCACCAAAUUGCUCCUCCACCACCACCGCCACCUCCACCUCCACCUCCACCUUUGCCUCCAUCUCUUCUACCGUCUGGAAGUUGUCCUCCUCCACCACCACCACCACCGCCACCGCUAUUGCUAGGUGGACAAGGUCCACCUGGACUGCCACCACCUGGACUCUUGAAUAAAGUGGUAAGUCCUGAACUACCGGAAUAUCUAAAGAAAAAACCGCGUCGUGAAGUCAAUGUAGCAAUGAAAAAAAUUCCAUGGAGCUCAGCAACGAUCAAACCCAAAGAAAUCAGUAAAGACUCUUUUUGGGCGCAAACAGCGGAAGAGAAAUUCGCGAAUGAACGAUUGUUUGAAACACUGAAAAAAAAAUUUGCAGCGAAUCGACAGAGUAUCAUUGCUGAGUCUGAUUCAACAGCAAGUGGAAGGAGUUUGCCGAAGAAGAAAGUCCGUAAACCACUCGUCAUACAAGACGAAAAAAUUUUGCAAACUCUUGCCAUUUUGCAAGGAUCACAGAAGAUACCGCUAGAGGAGUGGAAACGGAUUUUGUUGGAAAUUGAUGAUCGAGUAAUAUCUUCGGGAACAAUGCAACAGCUGAGAAAUGCUUUGCCACCAACUGAUACGUUGAAGAAACUUCAGGAUUUAGCUAGUAACAAAUUCAAUGAGAUGCCUGAAGGUGAACAGUUUGCUGCAACACUAGCUUCAAUAAAAGGAUUGCCUGCAAGAUUGGAUUCUAUGAUUUUCAUGCUCGAAUUUGAUAAAACUCUUAGCGAUUUAAAACCGACAAUAUCUGCUGUGAUAGAAGCAUGCGAUGAAGUUCGGAUGUCACCUGGCUUCAAGAUGUUUCUAGAAAUGGUUCUUUUGGUUGGAAAUUACAUGGGACACUCAUCGAAAACAUAUAAGGACAUAUUCGGAUUUGAAAUGAGUGUACUGAAAAAGUUAAGUGGUACGAAAGAUAUAAACAAUAGUGAGUCACUUUUGCACUACCUCGUAAGUUGUAUGUCUACCGAAGCGAAUGGUCUAUAUGCAAACUUUCCGAAAGAUGAAUUCCUCCAUGUUGAUAAAGCUUCACGCGUCAAUGCGGACGAAGUAGCUAAAGGCGUUAACGCUCUAAAAAAUGCUCUCAAUAAAGUCGAGAAUCAGCUGAAGACGUUUGUCAGGCAAGCAGAAAAUGAUUUGUUCCCUGAAAAAAUGGGUCCGUUCCUAUCAAAGGCAAAAACAGAAUGCGAAAUUGUAGAAAAAAUGUAUAACACGAUGAACGCAAAAUGGGAGUCUUUGAGGAAAUAUUAUUCAUUUGACCCGAAAAAAUACAACAUGGAAACAUUUUUCAGUGAUUUGAAAUUGUUUAAAGAAGAUUACGAGAAAGUAAUUCAUGACAUGGAGAAAAUGCGUGAAGUAAAAGAACGUGAGGAACAAAGGAAGAAAAGACUACCAUUAAAGCCCUUGCAACCAGGAGUUGCAGCAUCUCCACUGAAUCGCACUGUGGCAAUCGAAGGGAUCCUGAAAACAGGAAAACAGGAUUUGGGUGUUGUGGAUGAAAUUGAGAAGAUACUAGAAGCAGGAUAUUUAGAAGGAACAGAAAGAAGGACGCCAAGGAGAACACCACGUACCCGUGCUGGUCGUGCUGCAAUGGAACGACAACGCUCGCGUGUUUCUGAAGAACAUAUGUCAGUGUUAUCCGGCAGUUCUGGAGCAUCACAGCUUCCAACACAGUAUCGAAUACGAAGAAAAGGGCAGCCAACAUUACUUGUACAGGCAGGUGCGGUAUCGUUAUUGCCGAAAGAAAAUGAAAAGCCAUAA